AUGUCACGGACACUUUCGGCCCAGCUUGCUACAAGAAACGAGGCCUUAAUUUGGUUUGAGACUAUUUUGUUCACUUUUAUCAACAUUGUGGCCUUUUUGGGAAAUUUGCUUACUUUUUACGCCGUGUACAGAAACCACAGGCUCCGCACGCUUCCCAACAUGUUCAUAACAGCUCUGACUGUUAGCGAUAUCCUGAUGGCAACUUGCUGUAUGCCUUUCACAGUUGCAACUCUGUUCCACGGCCGGUGGAUGUUUGGUGAAACGUUUUGUAGAGUUCACGGUUUUGAAGUUUUCACAUUCGGAACAGCCUCUUUGGUUACAAUGGGAGUUAUUGCAGUCAGUCGAUAUUUCUGCGUUGUGAAAUUUGAGCGUUAUGCAGUAUUAUUCACGAAAAAAAGAGCUUUGAUAUACAUAAAUGCGGCAUGGUGCGUCUCUCUCAUUCCAUCUCUGCCUCCGUUAUUUUUUAAGAGAGACGGCUUUGAAUUUCAGCCAGGGAAAGCCAUGUGUUUGUACACAUUUAAAAAUAUCGCUUAUGUAUCUGUCAACGAGUUUUUUUACAUAGCAACGACCAUGACAGUCAUAACCAUCUGCUAUGUCAAAGUGUUUCGAGAGGUUUCAAGAUUAAAUCGUGUUUUUUCGCACCGAAAUGACCUCCAUCAGCUCAGAGUUAACGUGGAAGAAGCAAAAGUAACGAAAACUUUGUUAGCAGUUCUCGUUGGCUUUGCAUGUUGUUGGCUUCCGAUUGGUGUUAUGGAUAACAUCGAUGCUGUGCGCAGCGAGCAUACUUUGCCACGAAGAGCUUACAUAACCUACGCCUUCUUGUUAUAUUUAAGUAGCGCCAUAAACCCUUUCAUUUAUGCAGCCAUGAGUAAGCAGUUUAGACGAGAGUACAAGGACAUUUUGAGUAAAUAUUUCGUUUUCUGAGCUAAAACGAAGCCGGGGAAAAGCGAUUUAUAAAGCGAAAGCUAGUAGGCGGAAACUUUUUCGUGUCUUUCAAAGCUCGAGUACGAAAACGUGAUUCAGUUGCUGGUUCAUUGAAUAUCGUAGUUAAAACUAAUAGAGGAAAACUUAUGCGUAACGUUUGCGGUAAACGACAAAGGACAAAAAUACAAUCUGCAUUCAGUUGUUGUUAUGUUUUCUUUGCUUUUAAUGCUGAACACCUCUGUUUGAUCAGGUUUAAAACAGGACUUGUGCUGUUUGCUAUGACCCUAACUGAACGUAAUGCUUAAACGCCCUUUUUUCACCCAGAUUAGAUCUAUUAAUUUGAGAGUACAGUUCCUAAAGAAAUCAUUUGUUAUCCCUCCUUGAAGCGUUGUUACUCAAGGUACCUUCAAGAAGUAGAUAUUCAGUACGGAUUCUUUAUUUAUUUUAUUUAAGAUUCAAUUAAAGAUGAGAUUUAAGGUAAUGGUGCUAAUUUGAAAUCAAGGAGAUUGUUGGAGGCGGCCGCGAAUGGCAAACCAAACCAAUUCAAUCCGACGAAACCUUCACCCCUUGUAGUCACUGGAGUGAGUUAGGUCAAGUGCAGCGGAGGGAAAGACUCAGUCAUAUUAGCAACUGUGAGCUAUUCUAUAUCUUUAGAGUUUAUAACUGAUAAAACUCGUUCGAGGUUACGAAAUGCAGCGGUGGAUAAACGACCCAUUUAUAUACAGUCCGAUUUUCAAAUUUUUAGAUGAAAAAACCCAUUAUAUACAGUCCGAUUUUUUAGAUAUAACCCCGGAGGUCAUCUGAAUUAAUGGACUUUUAAUUCUCUUUUCUUUCUGGUUUCCGAUGCUUUUUAGCAAUUCAAAAAAGGUAAAAUCUGAUAAAAUCAAAGACAAUACAAAAUCUGAUUACAUUAUUAAACCAAACAAAGCGAUUAUCAGAAGAAAAGAUUAAUUGCUUGUAGAGUUUAGCUCAAAAUUUCUUGGUCUGCGAGAAGGACGAUUCGCUGAGAAUGAACGGGAAACACUUUUCUUUCAAUAAAUUAUAAAAAACUUUUGAUAUACCGGUAGUUUUUGCUUUGGUUGUAAUCAUAGAUAGCCUAGGGGCCUGAACUAAUUUUUCUUUUCAAACCGAAUGCAGAAUAGAUCGAAUAGAUACACAUACAGCUGUGAGACAAUUGCGCGAUGUCGUGUCAUGUGUGAUUUUCAUACAUGAUAAGUAAUGGUAAUAGGACUGACUGGAGUUCAACUCGGUCUGUAAUCAAACGAGUGGUAACAAAAUCAGGCGACCGCGCAGCGGGAGUCCGAUUUGUUUAUCACGAGUGUGAUUACGGAACGAAUUGGACGACACGAACUCUUAUUACCAAUUAACCAUAAAAUUACAAUUUCCGACAAAAGAAAAAUUGUCAAGUUAUGAAAGAAAGGGAAAAUUUGCAUUAAAAGGUUGUGAAUGGUUGAUUUAAAUUACAGCUUUGAAUAUUAUUGGCUUAUCGAACUGAAAAUUGGGAAACGAGUGUCCCUCUUUAUUAUUUGCCUGGGCCCAGUUGUAUAAAGGGUGAAAAACGCUAUCCAACCGAUAAAUCGCUAUCCGAUGGAUAAGUGAUCAUGAUAGCAAAACAUAAAGCGUUAACCACCAGAUAGGCUUUUAUCCAGUGGAUAGCGCGCGUAUCCAACCUUCGAACAAAUGGGGCCAAAAGUUUAUAUUUCUGUAGAUAUAGGAGAAACUGGUGUAAAUUGUGACAAUUUGCGAUCGGCCUUUUUAUUGACACCUUAGAGUUUUCGACCCGUUUUGUUUGCAAUUCAAGCAAAUUUUUAAUUAAAAUAUGUUUCCGGCUGGUCAGAAAAUUUCUACAAAAAACUCCCCACCAUCAGCUGACGUUAUCAAAUCCAAAACUGCUGAUAAAAACAAGCUCCUCUCGAGUUACCCAUGGGUACAGGCCAAUCUGUGUUAACAAUAAACUCAGUUUGUAAAACCAAUACAGUGUGUGCGUGUUAGACCGUUAAGAGUAUACAAAAGUAUUGAGAUGUGUUCUCGACUUAUACCAGAAAGUGACAUUACUUGCUUAUCAGUCUAUGUCCGUCAAUCAGUUUUUUACACGUGCGUCAUUUACUGGUGUUGUAUCCUCUACCGAAACAUAAUGUUUGUAGUGAAUUUAGAACUCCUUGCAAAGAGGUGGCUUUGAAAAUUCCGGUCCUUGUUCACUUUCGAUGAACUUGCAAUUACAAACGUGACAAGACUGUCUCAAUAUUUUCUUGAUGCAAGGCUGAAACAAUAAAAAGUAAUAUCGUUCGCAAACAAAUAAAGGAAAGGUGGUUAUUUAAGCAAAAGAAAUUCGUACUUACCUUAUCUUAUAAACUAGAGUAUUUAUCUUGCUUGCCUGUAGUCACGUACCAAAAAGAUUUUGUCACAUUGCUUUCGAGUCGUUUGAAUGCUGUCGAUAAUGGCUCCGACGGAAUCACUUUCUUUUGCGCUUGCUACAAGGACCGAAGCUACAGUUUGGGCUGAAACAAUUGUGUUUGCUUUUAUGAACGUUUUGGCUUUCUUUGGCAAUCUUUUCACAUGUUACGCCGUGUACCGAAACCACAGACUCCGGACGCUUCCCAACAUGUUCGUAAUUGCAUUGGCUGUCAGCGACAUUCUUAUGUCUACCUGUUGUUCGCCUUUCACAGUUGUAACUCUAUUUCGUGGCCAGUGGGUGCUUGGCGAAAUUUUUUGUGAGUUUUUUGCCUUCGAAGUGUUCAUUUUUGGAAUGGCUUCUCUUAAUACCAUGGGAGUUAUUGCAAUCAGCCGAUAUUUCCGCAUUGUUAAAUCAAACAAGUAUAUUGUCCUUUUUAAAAAGAACCGUAUUCUGAUGUACAUCGCUACUGUAUGGUUCAUAGCCUUGUUGGGAUCUGUGCCUCCAUUGUUCUUCGAUAAAGAAUCAGGAUUUGAAUUCCAGCCUGGAAAAGCGAUGUGUGCGUAUUCAUUUGAGAGCAAUAUUCCUUUCACGUCCUUCACUGAAUUGUACAUUGGAACCCCUUUCAUAAUCAUUUCAGUCUGUUACGUCAAAGUUUUCUGUGCAGUAUCACGCGCAAAUCGCGUCUUCUCACAUCAGAAUAAUGUCCAGCAAAUCCGAGCGAAUGUGGAAGAGGCCAAAGUUACCAAUACGUUGGCAGCAGUCAUGGUUGGAUUUUCAUUUUGUUGGCUACCUGUAUGUGUAAUUGAUAUUACUGACGCCGCGCACGGGAAAAAAAUUCUUCCGCGACAAAUAUACCUCACUUACACUUCGUUAAUCUUUUUGAGCAGUACUAUCAGCCCUCUCAUAUAUGGCGUCACGAAUAGGCGAUUCCGACGAGAGUACACAGCUAUCUUAAGUAAGAUUAUAACGCCUUUCCGAAACGGAGACAACUGA